AUGGACAACUCUGCCCGCACUCUGCACUCCAUAACUCACAGCAACACCCAGGGCUCCAACUCCUCCAUACCAUCCUCGUCAGUUACACUAGGCUACACGCCCUCAGCGAUGGCAGCCCAACCGCAGACCAUCCUACCUUCAAGUACAAACCAGACGCAGUUCGGAGCGAGCGCGCAACAACAACAAGCACAACAAAAACACAACCAGACGUCUUCUUCUACCGAGUCUGCGAACACGGCGCCCCCGCCCCCAGCAGCUGAUAUCUACCCCCACCAGGUCACCGGCUCGGGGGGUCCUCUCGUCGCCGAAGCAGCGAAACGAGCGCAGAUGUCUGUCGUGCUGCGGGAUUUGGAGAGCGUCACUCUAUAG